AAUCUAAGCAUGGCACCAUCAGGAAGGAAGCAUGGAGGAAAAGCUGGUAAACAAGCACAGGAAGAUCCACCCAUACCAGUUUAUGAUUUUCAAGAGGAAAGAAAAGAGCUGAGUGGAUCAGAAGAAGAUAUUAGAGAAGGUGAAACACCAGUAAUGGAGAAGCAUGGAAAGAAAAGACCUUUGGUGAAUACUCAUGUGAUUCCUGAUGAUGUGGGGGGUGAAGUACAGAACAUGCUAGAAAGAUUUGGAGCUGACAUUAACAAGGCUCUCUUAGCUAAGAGGAAAAGGUUAGAAAUGUAUACAAAAGCCUCACUCAAAACCAGUAACCAGAAGAUUGAACAUGUUUGGAAAACACAGCAGGAGCAAAGGCAGAAGCUCAAUCAUGAGUUCUCCCAGCAGUUCCUGACUUUAUUUCAGCAAUGGGAUGCAGAUGUGCAGAAAGCUGAGGAGCAAGAAGAAAAACUCGCGAAUAUGUUUCGUCAGCAACAAAAGGUUUUUCAACAGGCAAGAAUCGUUCAAAGUCAGAGACUGAAAACCAUUAAGCAACUCUAUGAGCAAUUCUUAAAGAGCAUGGAAGAGCUGGAGAAGAACAAUGAAAAUCUUCUAGCUGGUGCACAAAGUGAACUUCGCAAAGAAAUGGCUCUGUUGCAGAAGAAGAUUAUGAUGGACACUCAACAGCAGGAGAUGGCAACUGUUCGCAAGUCUCUUCAGUCCAUGUUAUUCUGAUGGCUCAAUGGAGAAACAACUUGUACCUAAAUAACAUGAUACAAGUAUAGGCAUUAGCCAUAGAGAAGUAUGUUAAGAUUUAAAUGUUUUAAAGUUCCUAUUAAAUGCUUUCAUGGAUUGUUCUUAUCUUGUGCCUGAUAAUAUUAUAAGAAUGUAUAUUAUUAAAUGUAUUACUUUGG